AUGUACUCCCUCUGGUCACUUCUGUUACUCAGUUACACAGUGCCGUUCACUUGGGGCUGGGGAGACCUCGGUCAUCGAACGGUAGCAUAUUUGGCAGAGAAGUAUCUAACUGAGGAGGGUACUCAGCUAGUGAAAGACCUUAUUCACCCGGAUGGGGAUUUUGAUAUCUCAGAUGCGGCAGUGUGGCCCGAUCACCAGAAAUGGAAAUUUCCAUUUACUAGACCAUGGCAUUAUAUAGAUGCCCAGGAUCAACCGUCUGAUUCGUGUCGUGUUUCCUAUGAAACAGAUUGCACGAAGGACGGAUGUGUUAUAUCUGCUAUUGAAAAUAUGACACACCGAGUUCAAAACCCCACUCUGGAGAAGACGCAGCAAGGUGACGCGUUGAAGUUCUUAAUACAUUUCAUUGGUGAUCUACACCAACCACUGCAUGUUGAGGAUAAGUGUCGAGGAGGCAACGAUAUUCACGUUUGCUUUGACAAACGCUGCGACAAGACGAACCUUCACAGUGUGUGGGACACGGAUAUCCCCCAUAAAGUGAACGGACUUAAGCACAGCCAUAAGCACAACGACGAAAAAGAGCCUGCUGUGAAGUGGGCCGAAAAAUUGUUCCAGUCUCAGGGACUGAGGCCCCUUCAUGCAGAAUGCUCUGACAUAAACAGGCCAUUAAAAUGCUCUAUGAUAUGGGCAAGUGAGACAAACAGACUGAAUUGUGAUUUUGUUUUCAAAAAUGGCGUUGAAUGGCUUACGAGUCACGAUCUGGGUGGACAGUAUUACCACGACGCUACUCCUAUUGUGGAAGCACAAAUUCUCAAAGCAGGGAUUCGCUUGGCCGUGUGGUUGAAUGCUCUGGCAGUUGACAGAGCUUCAGAAGAAGGGGAGAAAUGUAAUUAUCGAUAUGGAAAG